CCGUUUGUCGCCAACUCAUUUGUGCUAUGGAUGGUCCAUGACCGCCAAGAUUUUGGACGAAAGCCUGAAUCCGAAAAGCUUUCAGGAGUACAAUCUCUCGCGCUCGCUUCUCCAGUCGCCGGACCUACUUUGGUCACCGGAGGAGCCGAGUCUCGCAGCGGCCGGGGCCGCUGGGCAGUUUCGGAACUGCUUGCUGCUCACCGAUGACCAGCGGCUCGUGGCCUGCGGCUUGGACCGGGUUUCUGUACGAUCGCUGGAGACGGGCUUGGCCGAAGAGGUGCUUUUGCCCGAAGCUCAGUGGCCCAUGAGCAACGCUCUGGCUGCUGGCUCCCCUUGGCUGGUGCUCCUGCGCGGCCAUACCCUGCUGCUACUCCAUUUGGGCACAGCCGGUGCCAGUCCACGCGUGUGGAGCAGAGCAACGGUGAGUGCAGAGUUGGGGGAGGUUGUGGCCGCCAACUGGGUCGAGGGCUUCGUGGAGAUCCUGUUUGUCCAGGCGACGUCCUCAGCGUUGCCUUCAUACCGCCUCACCUUCGUACGGAGCGCAACAACCGAAGACAUGGAGGAUUUGGUCUUGGAGACCGUUUCCCAUUGCUUUGGGUCAUCACCACCACUGGCAGCCAGCAUUUGCAACGGCCGCUGCUUGAUUUUGAGCAAUGGCAGCUACGAGCUAGAGAGAUCGGCACCACCAGAGUUGGACCCAAACGCGCUUGGAGCUGGCGAGCCUGAGCUGGCGGCCGAUGAGGUGGACGAGGAGUUGGAGGCGAUGAUGGCUCAGAGGGGAAUGAUUUUGCAGAAGAGCAACUCUAAAGGCGCAGUACUGACCUUGGCGUCCCCGGACGGCUGCUCCCAGCAGCUCUUAGGCCUGACGGCCUGCGCGGCGCACUCGACGCAGUGGGGUUUGGUGGCGGUGUUGCGGAGCCAAGGCCAUGGAGCACUUGUUCACUGUUGGGUGGAAGAUGAUGCAGCGGGUGCUGGCUGCAUCAAAGUGAAGCAUCAAGACACCUUCCCGGGCCUCGCCCUUUGCUGCGCCACCCCUGGUGUUGCCUACCUGGUGCUGCACGGCCGCUGGGCGGCGCUGGGCCGCUGGAGCCACGAGGCGGUGGAGCUCUUCCGACAUCCCAUGGGUGCACGGAGUAGCGUGACACAAGGCCUUAACCUUGAUGGUGCCAGCCUGCAAGGCUUGCAGUUGCUUGAGGACCAGCUCUUUGUUUGGCACUCCCGCGGUUUGCUUCGCUUCCAACUCCCGUCCUCAGAAAGCUGGGGCCGAGCACCGCUGGCCGAGCCACAUGCCUGGGAGUGAGUUUCUUCUUCGACAUAGAGCUGGAGGACCUCGGAGGCCCUGGCGACUCGAACGAGAGCGCAACGAAGCCAGAAAACGACACCCAAGGUGGUCACAAAGACUGGAUGAUUCCAACUGCAAGACGCCGAAAAAGACAGGCAUACAAGUGGGCCAAGUGUGGUGAUGAUGAUGAUGCCCAGACUGGCAAGGUGAGCAUGUUGUGUCGGAAGGAGUCAAAGAUGUUGAACGUGAACAUGAAUUGGAUGCUGCAUGUUGACCAGCUUGCGGAGCAGCAAACCUCAUUACUUGCAACGCAGAGUAGGAAACAGGGGCUGACCCCAAGCGUCGAUCACUGCGUCGAUCACUGUUGGUUCGAGUUGCCGAGACCUGCCCUCAUAGAGACAUGAUGCAUCAGUCGUCAGCCUAUGCUACAGUCACAUGGUACUCACAUGGGCACCAAAGAGUGUCCAGCUAUGGGGUGCAGAGAUCUGCAAUUCCUGACCCGGAUGAUCUACAACCGUCCUUAAGUACAUAAACUACGGAAUUGAGCCGCCAAUUCUAUGUACUUCAGGAUGGUUAUAGAAGUUAAAGACGUGGAAAACCACAUAAGGACCACAUGAAACCAAGCUCAUCGCCUGCGGCAGACGUUUCAGAGAUCCAGACAGUGAAGGCCAUGUGCCGUGGUGUCAAAAAUGGAAACGUG